AUGUCCAUCGACGAUACAAUGCUGCGACAGUACGGCGGAGAACCGCAACACGAGACGGAGUACUCGGAACCCACCCACAGCAUCAACUCCAAUGACAUUGUGGACUGGAACACUUUUUCGCAGAUUCUGGGCAUGGACGAGGAUCCGGACGACCAUGACUUCAGCAAAAUGAUCAUUGAAGACUACUACGAGCAGGCGGACUCGACCUUUCUGCAGAUGGACCAGGCGCUCGAGUCUCGGGACCUGUCGCUUCUGUCUUCGCUGGGCCACUUUCUGAAGGGAUCUUCGGCCUCUCUGGGCCUUUCCAAGGUGCAGCUUUCGUGCGAGAAGAUUCAGCACUUUGGUGCCCACAAGGACGAGACUGGAGCUGUUAGUAUACCCGAUGACGAGCAGUGUUUGGAGAACGUGCGAACGACGUUGCUGCAGGCAAAGGGAGAUUACAAUGAGGCCAAGGAGUGGCUGAGUAACUUUUUUGCCAAAUGA